AUGACUAUUGUAAAGUUGAGCAAUGGCAACACCAGUCGCCCUAAAGAAGCACCCAUCACAUCUACAGAUGUCCUGAUUAUCGGAACUGGUCCGGCUGGUGCCUCUUUGGCAUGUUUCCUUGCAUCUUAUGGAAUUCAGGGAAUAAUGAUCAGCGCGUCUUCGACCAACGCUGAUACCCCACGGGCGCACAUUACCAACAUGGCAGCUAUGGAGUGUCUCCGAGAUAUAGGUCUUGAUAUCGAAUGCAACAAACUUGCGACGAACGGAAUGAAUAUGAUGCAUACUCGAUGGGCGUAUAGUAUGGCUGGAGAGGAAUAUGCUCGAAUUUACUCCUGGGGUCACGAUCCGAAGCGCAAGGGUGAUUAUGAAGCUGCAAGCCCAUGUCAGCCAGUUGACCUUCCACAAACUCUCCUGGAACCAAUUCUCGUGCGACAUGCUACACUCAAUGGAUUUACUUGCAGAUUCGAUACCACAUUCGUGGAUUUUGUUCAAGACGACGAAGGUACAACGUCUCGACUUCGUGAUCAAGUUUCCGGAUCCGAGUACCUCAUUCGUUCGAAGUAUUUGUUUGGUGCCGAUGGUGCCAGAAGUGAAAUCUUUCGACAAGCCGGACUCAAACUGGAUGUCCGACCAGAUCAGGGAUUAGCAUACAACGUGCACCUCAAAGCAGACCUUUCAAACUAUAUGCAAUACCGCACGGGGAAUCUUCACUGGUUGUUACAGCCAGAUAAAGAGCACCCGCUCUUUGGGUGGGCGUGCAUCGCUCGAAUGGUCAAGCCGUGGAAUGAGUGGUUGUUCAUUGUCCUUCCGGAGCGAGGAAAGGAGCUUGACUUUGAACCAAGUAAUGAACAAUGGCUUGGCCGAAUGAGAGACUUUAUUGGUGAUGAUUCGAUUGACACAGAGAUCCUGGGAGUGUCUAAGUGGCGGAUCAAUGAUGUCGUGGCAGAAACGUUCUCAAAUGGCCGAGUGUUCUGUCUUGGUGAUGCGGUUCAUCGCCAUCCUCCGUCUAAUGGUCUAGGAUCGAACACCUGUAUCCAAGAUGCGAAAAAUCUCGCAUGGAAGGUCGCGAGUGUGUUGAAGGGCCAAGCUUCUCCUUCCAUUCUCGAGACGUACACCACCGAACGACAGCCCGUUGCGCGAGGGGUUGUUACCAGAGCAAACUCAUCAUUCACUCACCAUGGUCCUGUGUGGGAAGCACUUGGAGUCACAUUACCCACCCCCGACUUGAGAACGGAAGCAUUAAACGAGUUGACUCAUCCCACCCUGAAGGGUCGCGCCCGUCGCGCCGCUCUGCAAGCUGCUAUCGAGGAGACAGAACAUGAGUACCAUGCCCUGGGUACUGAAAUGGGUCAAUUUUACCAAAGUGCCGCUGUUUAUACUGCGGACGAGACCUCAUCCUUCUACUCCCCUGAAGUGGUCGCUAAGGAUCUUGAUCUCACCUUGGUCCGGAGUACCUAUCCCGGCUGCCGUCUGCCUCAUGUGUGGCUGAAUAAUGCUGUGCCUAUUCAGAGGGUCUCUACAAUUGACUUAGCUGGAAAGGGGUUUGCACUUCUUACUGGUAUUGGAGGCAAGGCUUGGAAGAAAGCAGCGUCGCAGGUUGGGGACGAGCUUAGAGUGUCGAUUAAGGCCUUCUCAAUUGGUUUCCGGCAGGACUACGAAGAUGUCUACUUUGAUUGGGCUCGUAUUCGCGGUGUGGAUGAGACUGGCUGUGUUCUUGUUCGUCCUGAUAAUUUUGUCGCAUGGCGAUCUAAUGAAGUUCUUGGGGAUGGGUGCACGGAAAAAUUGCAACAUGUCAUGUUAAGUGUCCUCGGUCUCUCCUAG